CGUAGGACCAAGUAUCCCUUUCUGUCCUCGUGAGCCCCCGUAGCUCCGGGACGUAUGCGCUUCCGCCCUGCUUUGGCGCGGCGUUCCUCCCGCAAAGGCCCUCGCGGGCUGCCGUAGCCCGGCCCGGCGCGCGCAUCUUGCCUCGGCGCCGCCCCCCCCCCGGCAGCUCGGUGAGGGAAAGGGAAGAUGGCGGCGGCGGCAGCGGAGGCGCCCGCCCUGGAAGCGAUUCCGGCCGCCCCUGCGGGGACGGCGGCUCCGGGGACCGCGCCGAGGCCGGCGGUUCAGCGGCCGCGGGCGGAGAAGUAGGCGGCCUCGCCGUUCCGGGCGCAGCGACCGCGGAGCGCCGUCCCGCGCCUCACGAUGCUGUCGGCCUUGAAGAAGCUGGUGGGCUCCGAGCAGGCCCCGGGGCGGGACAGGCCCAUCCCGGCGGGGCUCCAAUCCAUGAACCAGGCGCUGCAGCGGCGCUUCGCGAAAGGCGUCCAGUAUAACAUGAAAAUUGUCAUUCGAGGUGACAGAAACACGGGAAAGACCACUUUGUGGCAUCGGCUGCAGGGAAAGAAAUUUGUUGAGGAAUAUAUCCCAACCCAGGAGAUCCAAGUCACCAGCAUCCAUUGGAAUUAUAAGACUACUGAUGAUAUUGUGAAGGUGGAAGUCUGGGAUGUGGUUGAUAAAGGCAAGUCCAAAAAACGGGGAGAUGGGUUGAAGCUGGACAAUGAUCCUCAGGAGGCAGAAUCCGAGAUGGCCUUGGAUGCGGAAUUUCUGGAUGUAUAUAAGAACUGCAAUGGUGUCGUGAUGAUGUUUGAUAUCACCAAACAGUGGACUUUCAACUACAUCCUGAGAGAACUUCCAAAAGUCCCAACCCAUGUACCUGUGUGCGUGCUUGGGAACUACCGGGAUAUGGGCGAACACCGGGUGAUCCUUCCUGACGAUGUGCGGGAAUUCAUUGACAACCUGAACAGGCCUCCCGGCUCUUCCUACUUUCGUUAUGCCGAGUCUUCCAUGAAGAACAGCUUUGGCCUCAAAUACCUCCACAAAUUCUUCAAUAUCCCCUUCUUGCAGCUGCAGCGAGAGACUCUGCUGCGGCAGCUGGAGACCAAUCAGCUGGAUAUUGAUGCCACCCUGGAGGAACUCUCUGUGCAGCAGGAGACCGAAGACCAGAACUAUGAGCUGUUCCUUGAAAUGAUGGAAGCUCGUGGCCGAGGACACGCCUCCCCUUUGACCACCAAUGGGCAAAGCCUUUCCUCAGGUUCCCAGUCUCCGGUGGUUCCACCAGGCAAUGCUUCAGGGGGCUCCAGCCCCGGCACCCCCCAGCAAAGCUUGGCCAACCCCGCCCUUGCCAUGGACUCCGUUGAGCCUUCAGCGCCAGGGGUGCUGCCUGAAGCCCAACUGCCCGCAGCCAUUCCUGCACCAGCUGCACCACAGAAACGUGGUAUCAUCGCUCGGCUCUUUGGGACCUCCCCAGCUCCCGAGACUGGUCCUCCGUCUCCAGAUCCUGCCGUUCCUGCCCUUCCUGCAGGUGCUCCCUCAAAAGUCCAGAGCGUAGAAGACUUUGUCCCCGAGGAGAGCCUAGACCACAGCUUCCUGGAAGACCCCACCCUGCAGAGAGACAAGGGGGGGAAACAGGCAGGAAAGGCUCCCACCGACAGUGACAGUGACAGAGAUGCUCCUGGUGGGAACCCCUUGGUUGCUGGCUUUCAGGAUGACCUGGACCUUGAUGAGCGUCUGUUCAGCAAGCCCCCGUUAGCAGCAGAGCUGGUCCCGAGCAAAAACGUGAACCUAUCGAGUGAGGAAGAAGAGCCCUCCAAGUUCUCUAUCGUGGGAGCGGUAGAUGCUGCCUUAGAACAAGAAAAAAAACGAGCUUCCAAAAAGUCCUUGAAACUCCCAGAGCCCUUGGCACCUCCCACAUCUACACAGCUGAAAUCUCCCACCGGCCAACCCCCACUUGAGCCAAGCAAGCGUCUGAUGGCAGUUGGCGGCCCUGAGGCCCGUCCGUCCCCAGCGCCCUCUGCCUCCAAGCAGCAGGAAUCCGAGAGCGACUCGGAGGGGCCCUUUGCCACGCAGAUGCUCUCCUUUGUGAUGGAUGAUCCAGACUUUGAAAGCGAGGAGUCAGAGAGCCAGAGCAAGCGCCCAGAGGAAUUUCCAGUGCGAGAGGAUCUCUCAGACCUCUCCGAGGAGGAUCCCCCUUCCAGACCAGACCAGCUGGCCAAGCCCGUGAUCCGCUCCUUCAGAGUGAAGAAUGAGGCCGAUCUCUUUGGGUUGGGGCUGGAUAAACCGGUGGGGCGAGACAGCAGCGAGGAAGCUGCAGAUAAAGAAAAGCAGUCUUUGAAGGAGAAGAAGAAGAAGAAGAAGAGAACUAGCAAAGAGGAAGAAGCAGAGAAGAUUUCAGGGAGGAAAAAAAGCAAGCCGAAAAAGAGCAAGGAGGAGGUGGAGGAGGAUAGAGGAGAAAAGGAGAAGAGGAAGCCGUCCAAGCAGCAGCACCAGCGGGGCAAAGUGAAGCCCAACGGGAUCAAUGAGCUGGAGGCCUUCCUCGGGGGCGGCGGCGCUGGGGCCAGCAAGCAGCAGCGGGGUGGAGACUAUGAGGAGCUGUAGCCCCUCCCUAGCCAGGUGCACGGGGCAGGCGGCCCCAGCCCACCAUCACCGCCCCUCCCUGCCUUUCUCUGCUGCCUGUUGCAAGAGUGGCUGGAGCCAGAGGAGGGGCCUGCGAGUGGCUCAGAAGCCCUGAGCAUUUCUGUCCUUUCAGCCCGGAGCCCUGGGAUUGGGCUCCUGAGAGGUGGUCCAAAGGGGGGUGGGCUGCCCACGGAGGCCCCAUCGUGUCCUGCACAAAGUGGCUGCUGCCCAUCAAAUGAUGGAUCCGUGCUAUUUUUUUUUUACGAGAGAAACGGCUCUGGACCAAUGGCUCCCCUUAGAGCUUGGAAAGUUGCAGGGUCCCAGCCAGAUGUGUGAGGAGUGGGGCAGAGGCCUUCCAUGUGGUAGGGGUGGGGGUGUUUGAACAAUGUGGCUUUAUUAUGGGAAUUUGGGGGAGAGAAAGACAGACAUAAGUGCCCCCCUCCUCCUUCCUGCCCUUUUCUCAGUUGUCCCAGUUUGUGUACCCUGGAAGCCCAUAUGCAGCUGAGUGUCUGUGGAAAGGAGGCUAGUCCCCGCGGGCGAGGGGGGUUGCUCCCCACCCUUUUCUUGGCUGCUCCUUGAGUGGGCUUCCCCCCUUUCCGGAUCCCUGUCUCCCAGUCACUGCUGCAUGUGUUUGCCCUGAAAUCCAGCCAGCUCUUGGCGGUGGCUGAUCCCACCCCUGCCAUGUUUUCUGUGCCCCUCCCCUUCCUUGCGCCUUCACUCGCUUUCCUGGCCUCGCUCUUUGCCUCCAAUGAUCUCCAGUGAAGGAAAAGCGGCUACAAAUUCUGGUGCAUUCCGUUGUGCCCUUGUGUUUCUAGGUGUGGAUUGAAGUUGGGCUGUUUUGACAUUCCUCCCCCUCUGCGCCCCCCUCCCCCUUUGCGGAAAUGCACUGGUCAUCCUUGGCCUCUAGCAGCCGGCAUGGCACAGGUUGUGCUCCCAGGGCCCCUGGUCUCCCUCCUUGCGCUCCCUGGGGGGAGGGUGUGCAUGACAAACCCACUCUUGACCUCUUGUCCCCCCCAAACCUCCCAGGCCCCUUCCUCCUUCCCCCACGAACACCCCACCUCACCCCACCCCAGGAGCCUAGUCUCUGGAAUGCAACUGGCAAUUGAGCCUUGUGCUGUUCACUUCCCUUUUCUUUUAUUCCCAUUUUCACUUUGCUUUUGGGAAAAAGUCCCAGUGAUGCACUCCUCAUUCCAGCUGAUAAAGCUCUCAGUUGUACAACUGUGUCUGGUUUCCUUUCUUUGGGUGACCCCUCAACUGAAUCCAGGCUACUUCCGGCUCUGUGUGUGUCUAUUUGUGUGUGUCUACGCGCUUAGAGACCCCAUCCUGAGCCGAGCAGUGUCUGCCUGGUUGGGAAAGGGCUUGGCCUGGCCUGUUCCUCCAGGGCUCGUUCCUCACCUCCUUGGUGCCCUGAGGCAGGAGAAAUCCUUGUCUUGGGGGGCGGAAACAGAUUUCUUCACAAGCAUUUAUUACAGUUCUUGUAUAUCACA